AUGUACGACCAGCUCGUGGGCUCCAAACUACAGAAGCUGCAAGCAGAGGCGGAGAAGGACCCGUCCAAACAGCAUUCAAAGGAAUUCCGCAAGAAACUGGAUGAGUCGCGCGACAAAUCGCUCCGUAAGAGCCACAAAUCCCGCUCCAAACUGGCCGAGGCGGACGUGACGGGCAGUGGCCUGAACCCGCAGGCGCUUGCUGCCAUCUACGGCUCGGACUCAGACUCAGAGGGGGAAGAGCGACGUAAGAGCACGAAAAAGAAGCGAAAACACUCGACGUCCAGUAGGAAGAGGAAGCACAGAUCCAGGGGCGAUAGUGACAGUGACUCGGGCUCAAGUGACUACAGCAGCGACAGUGAUGACUCGCACCGUCGACACAAAAGACGAAAGCACAGCCACAAGAAGAGCCACAAGAAGAAAAAACACAGACGCAGCCGGACCGACAGUGACUAA